AGUAGCCGGCGCGGCCCAAUUAAUGUAAGCAUUAUUUUAAUUAAUCUCUCUCCCUUUCCCUAUUAGACCUGUCCCUUGCUCCGGACCCGUUCCCCUUUCUCCACACUUAUAAUUGGAGGGUCACUGCCCUCUCAACCCACCCACCCCUCUGAGGCUCGGAGAGAUGGAAGCUGUGUUCGAUUUCGAAAAUGAGCAUCAAUGGUUUGAUUUCAGACCUGAGAAGCUCCUUGUGAAGUGUAACAGCACUGCGAGCUCGGGGUGUAGUACUGCGACUUUGGAGGAGGAGAUGUGUGAGUGGCAGCAUGAGCUGAGCGGGCUCGAUGGCCGGAGUGUUUACCAAGAUGGAGCCCCGCUCAUUGCUGACGAAGAUGAGUGGAUGGUUGGGGGCGAGGAGGAAUGGGAGAUGAAUGGUCUGCUGGAGUCGAUGAUGGAUGAGCCGAGCUGGAGUGAUGGCGGGAGUCAAUUUGGCGUGGUGUCAGAUGAUGAGUGGGGGGCGCGGCCGGUGGAUGAGGGGGAUGACAGUAAAGGGCUGAGGCUGGUGCACCUUCUGGUGGCAGCCGCCGAGGCUGUGACAGGGGCCGCCAAGAGCAGGGACUUGGCGUGGGUGAUAUUGGUUCGGCUCAAGGAAUUGGUCUCGCCCACCCAAGGCUGCAACAUUGAGCGGCUCGCGGCCUACUUCACCGAGGGCCUCCAGUGCCUCCUCGAGGGCCACGGUCCGAAGCCCGGUUCGUGGCCCGACCCCCAAGCUGACCUCAUGGGAGCAUUCCAGUUGCUGCAGGAUAUGUCGCCAUGCAUAAAGUUUGCUCAUUUCACUGCCAAUCAAGCUAUUCUUGAGGCAGUGACCUCAGAGAGAAGAGUCCAUGUGUUGGAUUUUGACAUCAUUGAAGGGGCCCAAUGGGCUUCCCUUAUGCAGGCACUGUCAUCACGCACGCAGGGGCAGGCCCCUGUGCCGCACUUGAGGAUCACUGCAGUGACGCGUGGAGGGCAGUCAGGGCGCCGGGCACUGGCAACCGUUCAGGAGACUGGACGUCGGCUUGUGGCUUUUGCUGCCUCGAUUGGGCAACCUUUCUCGUUCCACCAGUGCAGGCUCGACCCGGACGAGAAAUUCAGGCCUGAUGCAGUGAAGCUGGUAAAAGGCGAGGCUUUAGUGGCCAAUUGUGUACUUCACCUACCACACUCGACAUACAGGACCCCUGGUUCCGUGGCCUCAUUCUUGAACGGGGCCAAGGAGCUCGGGCCUAAGGUCGUGACCUUGGUGGAGGAGGAGAUGAUGUCGAGCACCGAAGGGUUCGAGGCGAGGUUUAUGGAGCUCCUGCACCACUACUCUGCAGUCUACGACUCUUUGGAGGCGAGCUUUCCGCAGCAAGGGAGGGCAAGGGCGAUGGUCGAGAGGGUGUUCUUGGGGCCGAGAAUCGCGGCCUCUCUGGCCUACCAUCAUCAACAGCAUGGCCGCGGUGGAAGCUGGGCUGAGUGGAUGGGGAGUGUGGGGUUCAAGCCACUGCCAGUGACCUUCUUCAAUCACUGUCAGGCCAAGCUCUUGGUUGGCCUGUUCAGUGAUGGAUUUCGAGUCGAAGAGGCUCGGAGCAGGCUUGUGCUUGGCUGGGGAUCUCGACAGUUGGUGUCCGCAUCGGUGUGGGGACAUAAUUGUCAUUCUUGCAAAAAAAAGGGGUUAUAAUUCUCCCUUUUGAGGAAAUAAAUAGGAUGAGAUAUUUAUUUUAUUAAGUUGGUGUGCCAAGUCCUCUUUCUCUUUUUCAAAUCUUCAUGGAUUUUUUACUUUCAUUGAGUGGGAUUUACUGUUGAGGUUUGACAGUAUCAUUGUUCCAACUCUUUUUUUGUUUGUUCUUUUGUUUUAGGAGGGAGAUAAA